GACAUCACCUUUAUGAAUGAUAUUUUCUGGUAAUGUAGUUAGGAUAAGCAGAAUCUGACAGAACCAAAUCAAUGGCCAGUUCUUCACAACCAAGCUUGUUGAGCUACCACCAUACUUGCUCCUCUUCUUCCUCAAAUUCCAACUUCACUCGAUUUCCCUCUUCAUUUUCUCUCUCCUCUCUCAAUGGAUCCACCAGAACUCAAUUUCCCAGAAAUCUUUCACUCUCUUUAACUAAAAUUCAUGCUAAAUUUGACAAAUUUGAGGGUAGUGAAGAUAACCCAGUACAGUUGCAGGAAGAGGAAGUCCAAGAAAUUGAAGAAUUCCCUGAUCAAGAAAUAAAAGAAGAAGAUGAUGAUUGCCUGCCUUCUGACUUGGAGGGUGCAGUUCGACAAUCCGGUCAAGCUAGUGCUUCGUUCGUGGAUUCUGGUGGAACAAGGGCCAUUGUUGAGUUGUUAAUACCUCAGCUGCAAUUUUUGGAUGAUGAAGGCGCACAAGCUGAGCUAUGGGAACUAUCAAGGGUUUUCAUAGAUACGCUUAUUGAGGAAACAGGAUGUCAGAAAGUAAAAGCAAUCUUUCCGGAUACUGGAGCUGCUGCACUUCUGAAGUAUCAAUGGAAAGAUGCUGUUUUUGGAUUCUCUAGCUUAAGUGAUAGGAAGCCUGUAGAAGAUGAAGAUGAAAUUGUUGUUAUGGUGGUUCCUGAUUAUCAGAUGUUGGAAUAUGUCCAGAAAAUUGCUUCACUUCUCUCAGACGAUCCGCCAAGACCUCUCAUCAUGUGGAAUCCACGUCUUGUCAGUGAAGAUGUGGGAGUUGGAUUCAAUGUUCGGAAGUUAAGACGCUACUUUCUGAGAACAUUCUCUGUGGUUUAUUCGAUGAGACCUUUCCCAUCUGGUGCAGUGUUCAGGUGUUAUCCUGGAUUAUGGAAGGUAUUCUAUGAUGAUAAGAAUAGACCAGGCAGGUAUCUGCUUGCAAAAGAACUAAUCAGUCGUCCUGAUGCUGAAGAACUAGAGUAUAUUUUUGGAGAUGCACAAGAAAAAGAAGAAGAGGGACCUUCCUUGUUAGCUAGAGCAGCAGGCAUAUUCUCCUCAAUGAAUAGGUUCAUGAGAGUCAUAUCAAAAUAACCAUCUUGGUUUUAAGGCAUGCAUCCAGACUCUACUGCAUCAACAAAAUCCCUUCCAAUACCUCAGUAAAUCUGUGUAUACAUGAGAGUUUGACAGAAUCUUAGCAUAGUUGUUCAAAUUUUAUCCAAAUGAGUUUCAUUUGGGAAAUUGUCAAUGGCAUGGACACAUCAUAUCAGCCUUUUUUUUUUUUU